AUGCUGGAUAAUCACGCGAGAACUCCCUACAGUAUCAAUCAUGCCUCUUUUCGCGCGCACGAACAAUUUUUCAUUCUCAGCCUUUGUGAGAGCGAUAAAAUUUGGACGACGUGGUUGACUGCGUUUGUUGUUCGAUCGUUCGCUCAGGCUCGCGGCAUGAACAUUUUGUCGAACCCUACGACUCACAAAAGAUGCAUCUGCAUUCUUAACGGACAACCAAUGAUUUCUCAAGCGACAAUGGUAUGCGCGUUUCUGGAGAAGCAUCUCGUGACAGUUUGA